AUGUUGAAUGCAGCAGCAGAUGAGGUUGUUUCAUCUACCUCAAGCAUGUGUAGGACAGCGGGGUCUAGUGAGGGGUCGUGGGAAUCAGAGGAGCUGAUUGAUGUCACUAGGCAGCGGAUAUCAGAGGAGGAAUCGCAAGAAUUUAGUGAUACAACUGAAUCUUCUGAGUCGGAAUCUGAAGCUUCAAGAGAUGAUGAUAAUGAUGACCCAGAAGACAAGGAUUUCUGGGUGAAGGAAUCAUCAAGUUCUAGCCAAUCUGAUGAUAUAAGAGAUGAUUUAGAUGAUGUUGUGAGCUGUCCUGCAGAGCAACAAAACAAUGAAGAAAGAAAGAAGGAGUCAAAUGUUGGGGUAGUACCUCAGCUUGCUGUUGAGGGUGAAAAGUACAACAAAGGCCGAACAUAUUCUCUUCGUUCACGCUCACUUUCUAAGCCCAGAAAGAAGAAGCUAAACCGUGGGGAUUGUAGUAGCCCGAUUCUUCUUAGUGAUGAGGAGGAGCCUAAAUCCGUGUCUGAAGAGGACUGCAAGGCUGAUCACUCGGUGCAAAAUGCUGUUCAAAAGGAUGCUGUUAAAAAGCAUAGAAGGACUCGGAAUAGGAUUCUUAAAGAUUCUGAAUUUCUGAAGUUUGUUGUUGAUUCUAUAAUAACUGAUGAUGAUCAUAUUAAACUUACUUCUUCAGAAGAGAAGGAACAGGUUCCUGUCAAAAAAACGCUUCCCUUAAAGUUCCGGUUUGAAGAUGAGGAACCUCAACCACCGGAGAAAGAAGAAUGGGAAAAGGAAAUUGAACACCUUUUUGCUGCAAUGGACAUGUGUAUCUCGCAAUCACAUAUUGGUUUUACAAAUUCAUCUGUUUUACCGAUGCAGAGUGAAGAAACGGCUGGCUGUCAGAUGGGGAACCACCAUCUUGUUCUAGAUGAAGAAAUUGGACUCAUCUGUAAAAUUUGUUCACAUGUGCAUUUGGAGAGCAAGUACAUCUUCCCUACUUUUGCUCAGAGAAACCGAGGGAGGCAUGAAAGGAAGUAUUUCGGAGAGUCACCAUCGCUCUUGGAUGUUGACGGCUUCAGGUUUUAUGACUCUUCCACUGUCCACGAUCCUGCUAUUUAUGGGGAAGGUACGGUGUGGGAUUUAGUUCCCCUGAGUGCCAAAGCGACAAUGUAUCCUCAUCAACGUGGAGGCUUUGAAUUCAUGUGGAAAAACAUUGCUGGAGAUAUAACUCUAGAGAAGCUGAGAGAGCCUCCGUCGGGUAGUAGGGGAGGAUGCAUAAUCUCACAUCCACCUGGCACCGGAAAAACCCAUCUGACCAUAGUAUUCCUUCAGGCAUAUUUGAAGCAGUUUCCAAAGUCUCGGCCUGUAAUCAUAGUUCCGUCCAAUUUGCUUCCUAACUGGGAAGCAGAGUUCCAGAAAUGGGAGGCGGACAUUCCCUUCCACAACUUGAACAGCAAGGAUUUCUCUUUCAAGGAAGAUGACUCUACUGUUCGUAUCUUCCGCUGUUUAUCCCGUACCGGAAGAAAAAACUCACACCAUAUACGUAUGGUGAAGCUGAGAUCCUGGGCUAAAAGUACGAGUGUUUUGGGAAUCAGCUGUGACUUGUUCAAGAUCCUCACGAGAGAAUAUGGAGACUUUCCUUAUGCCAAAGAGAUCAGAGAAAUACUUCUAAAGUUACCUGGUCUUCUGGUACUUGAAGAAGGGCACACUGCUCGGAAUGAGCAAAGCCUGGUGUGGAAAGCUUUGAACAAAGUUGAAACGGAGAAGCGUAUAAUUCUGUCUGGAACUCCCUUCCAGAAUAACAUCAAAGAGUUGUACAACACCUUCUGCGUUGUUAGUCCAAAGUUUGCUGCAGAGUUUGAGCAGAAAUGGACAUCUCUAAGCAGUUGCAUUGACAAGAAUGUCCGAGCACUGGAAGAGCUUAGGGAUAUGAUUGCACCACUAGUCCAUAAAUGUAGUGAAAACGUAAAGAAGGACAGCCUUCCAGGUAUAAGGGACACUGUGAUACACUUGAAGCCCACAGAUCUGCAGAAGGAGUUGCUUAAGAGAAUUCCAGAGCAUCCAGGCUCCUUUUACGAACAAAAUCUGAUGUCUCUGAUAUCUGUUCAUCCAUCAUUAGUGGCGAAGAAGAAUGAGUUCUGUGACUUAGAAAGUCAGCUAAAAGAAAAAGAAUGUCGCCUGGAUCCAAAUAUUGGAGUAAAAAUGAAAUUUGUUGUUGAACUAAUCAGGCUCUGUGGUGGCUUGAAGGAGAGGGUUAUAAUAUUUAGCCAGCUACUUGAUCCUCUAAACCUGAUAAAGGAGCAACUCCAUUCUCUCUUUGGCUGGACAUUAGGCCGAGAGAUUCUCUAUAUGGAUGGGAAACUGGAUGUAAAGCAGCGGCAGAUAUCGAUAAACUCUCUUAAUGACCCCAAGGGUGAUGUGAAAGUCCUUCUUGCAUCAAUAAAAGCCUGCUCAGAAGGAAUUAGUCUUAUAGGGGCCUCAAGAGUGGUUUUGCUUGAUGUUCUCUGGAAUCCCUCAGUAGAACAGCAAGCCAUCAGUCGAGCCUACAGGAAUGGUCAGACUAAAUUUGUGCAUGUUUACUGUCCGGUGACAUCAAAAUGGGAGGUUGACAAGAUUGAACAGCAGACAAGAAAAAAGUAUCAUUCGGAUAUACUCUUGUCUAGGAAUGAAGUGAACACUGGCAAGAUGAAUGCUGUGUCAGAGGAUACCAUACUAGAUGCCAUGGUUCAGCAUGAGAGCCUCCGUCAUAUGUUUGAAAAAUUAUCUCGUGCAUCCCGUGUGAUCCUUUAUCUCUUUCUUAUCAGAUCAUUUGGAGCUUUUUAUGGGCCUAAAAUGAAGCCGUCAUCCUUCUGUGAGGUGCUUCCUGACAGGCACUUUGAUCCGUUUUGGUAA